AUGGAGGUCGACGACGAUGAGGCUGCCGUCGCCGCUGACAUUGCGGCGCGUGACGGGGGUGAAGCCUACCCGACUUUGCCCAUAGGACCUGGCUUGGCUCCUGCACGUCAACCUCGGCCUCCGGCUGCGACCCUGAAUCGUCGACGCGAGCAGUUGGGAGAUGGGCGAAGGUUUUUUAUCGGCGUCAAGGACAGCUCGAGACGCGUGGCGGCGCCAAGCCCGCCCCGUGUGACCCAAUCCGCCCGCGAGGCUCGCCUGAAAGAAGCCUUGGAUGAUAUGCAGGCUACCCAGGGUGCAGCCCCGGCGAAUCUACGUGCCGUGCAGUCCUCGAAGGAUGAGGCCAAGUGUGUGUCGCAGAUCCUGGCUGGCGCUUCGGUGGGCACGGCUGGGGAGGAACACCCAGACACGUGUCCCAUCGACCGCGCCGAGUUGUUUCGCUACUUUACGGGAACCAGCUCGGCGCGGGCAGUGUUCGACUAUGACGCUGCGCGUGGCCAGAAAUUUCGUGCAGCCCUGGCCAGCUUUGGGCCGGCCGUGCUGGAGGCGGAUGCUUUGGACGGGGAGCUGGCAAUGGAUGAAGUUGAAGACCAGCUCCCCCGCGCUGCCAAGGCAUCCAGUCCCGGCCACGAUGGCAUCGGGUAUGAUAUAUACCGAUGCUUCGCCGCCCAGCUAAGGUUCCCCUUCUUCACGCUCCGUUCCAGUUCUGCUGGCUGCAUUGGCGGGUACCGGCUUCGUGGAAUGUUGGCAUUGCUAUCGCGCUGGCUGGAAGGCAACAACAUGUUGCCUAUGGCACAGAAAGGGUUCAGGCCCACAAUGGGUGCCAUGAGCACAAUUUCCUGGCCACCACGCUGUUGGACCAGACGCGGCGUUAUCAUCACAAACUCUACCAAGUUUGGUGCGACGGACCCGGUGCGGCAGGAGGUGGGGUUCUAUCAGAGAUUUCCCCUUAGCCCACUCCUUUUCAUUGCCGCACUGGUCCUACUUGUGUCUGCCGUCUGGAGCGGCUGGAUGGAGUCGGGCGCCGACGGAAUCCGCCGCUGUCAUAGCGUGGUCGUGCGCUUCUUGGCAUGGAUCGGGCUACGAGCGAAUCCGGCCAAGUAUGCUAGCUUGGCCGUGACACAAAACGCUCGUGGCAACCUUGGCUCGUGA